CGAUAAUAAUUAUUUUUGUUGAACGUUCGGCAUAAUUAUGGCAGCACGACGCAUCACUCAAUCUUCGAUCAACUGGUCUGCUCUGGCAGAGCGUGUGCCCGCAAGCCAAAAAAGCAGUUUUGGUGCCUUUAAGACAAGGUCGGACAUAUAUGUGCGCGCCGUGCUGGCUAAUCCAGAGAGCCCACCAAAAAUUGAUUGGGCAUACUACAAACGCUUGAUACCCGUUGCUGGUCUUGUCGAUAGCUUCCAGAAACAGUACGAUGGCUUGUCCGUGCCCUACCCAAAGGACAGUGUGUCGAAACUUGUUGAUGCCGAAAUCGAGGAAUCGCAGUGCGAGAUAUCCAAUUACAAGAAAGCUUCUGAGCAACGCAUUCAGAAUUACCAGAAGGAAAUCGCUCAUUUGAAGGCAUUGCUCCCAUAUGACCAAAUGACAAUGGAGGAUUAUCGUGAUGCAUUCCCUGACACCGCUUUGGAUCCGAUCAACAAGCCAACGUUCUGGCCCCACACUCCAGAAGAACAAGUUGGCUACAAAUCCAAAGAACAGUUGGAGGCCGAAGCCCAUGGACAUCACUAAACGCAUAUGUGCAAAUAAUUCAGCAUUGAAUAAAGGUGUUUUAAUUCAAAUAAAAAACAUUAAUGAAGAAUUAAAAUCAAUAUCAAAAUAAACUGAUAUUAAGUCGA